CUCCUCAAUUUAUCAAAUUACCAACACCAGUUUUAUUUAUUAGUUCUACAGAAAGAAACCUACCACUCUCCCUUUCAACAGUUUACUACAGUCGAGGAAUUAUGUUAAAAAUGUUAAUCACCUGUAGAACAAAUAAAUAAAACUGGUGGAGGCAUAAACCGACAGCUCAAAUCUAUAAUUAUAGUUAUUUUAUUGUGAAAUUAACAACAUUUUUACAAAAAAAAUACCUGGAAGAUUCAUUAUCAAAUUAUUGAUAAAGUGUAUAGAUAUGAUGGUUUCCAAAAUUUUCUGACAACUCAAAAGCUAAUUGUUGUAAUGUUUGGAGAGACAUUCUUUAACAUUUUUAUAGAUUUAUUCAUUUUUUUAAUUUUGGUUAAUUAUGAAAAAAUAAUCUAAUCUUUAUAUUUUGAGAUUAAGCCUAAUUAUUUUUUUUAAGUGUUAACCUAAGGUUCGUAUAAAUAAAGUAUGUGGACAAAGUUUGGUUAUUAUAUAACUUUCAGUCACAUCAUCAAAAUGAACACAUUACUAAAUAUUGCGGUACUUUCUGCUUUUAUUUCUCUUCAGUUUGUUUAUAGUAAAUCCAUCGCUAAUACCGGACCUUCUUUCGAAAUUAAGGAUGGGAAUUGUUCCAAUGCAGGUUUGGACGAUUUAGUAUUUAAAGAUCAUUUACAUAAAUAUCCAAUUCCAUUUAUUAAAAGAGAUGACAAAUCUCAUUAUGCAGGAGAUAAGAAAAUUUACUGCGUUGUAGCCCUAAGUCAGCAGGAAGAAUCUGAAGGAUCCACAGUUGAGAUUACAGAAGGAGGAGCCAAUCACACUUUUGUAACCUUGAAAUUACAAUCUAAAAAGAGCCACGGUUUCGAAUAUAACAUUCAAGUUUUCGCAAAAUAACGAUUUAAUCAAUUUACUAAUUUUGUAAAAGUUAAAUGGUUUUAUUUUUUAAAUAAAAUUUGAUGAAGAUAA